AGUGCCAUUUUGGCGUGUGUCAUAAAUGGCAAAAAGUUAAAUUCCCCUCUCUCGCCGAAAAUUUCCCCAAAUCCUAUGAUUCGAUUCUGUUCUACUCAGCCUCCACCAAUCUUGGCAUCAAAUCCUCCCUGCUGCUUCGUUGUUGCGUGCGGCGAGAUCCAGGAGCUGCCUGCCAUGGCGAAGGACCGCGCCUACUACGACGUCUUGGCGAAGCUGGUGCAUCCGGACAAGAAUCCAGGGAACCCCGACGCGGCAUUGAAAUUUCAGGAACUUGGGGAGGCGUAUCAAGUCCUAAGCGAUCCUGGAAAAAAGGAGGCUUAUGAUAAGUAUGGAAAGGAGGGUAUUCCACAAGAUAACAUGAUCGAUCCUGCUGCUGUCUUUGGGAUGCUUUUUGGAAGCGACUAUUUCGAAGACUAUGUUGGUCAGCUUGCUCUAGCAUCCAUAGCUUCAGUGGAGAUUGAGGAAAACUCAAACAGUCAUGAGGCAAGAGCAAAGGUUCAAGAAAAGAUAAAAGAGUUACAAAGAGAAAGAGAACAAAAGCUUACUCAGAGCCUAAAGGAUCGACUUCAACCGUAUGUAGAUGGGAGAAAGGAUGAAUUUGUGAGUUGGUCAAGUGCAGAAGCUCAGCAUUUAUCCCAAGCAGCUUUUGGUGAGGCUAUGCUUCACACUAUUGGCUAUAUUUAUGUACGGCAAGCAGCAAGAGAACUUGGAAAGAGUAGAUUGUAUAUGGGUGUACCAUUCAUAGCUGAGUGGGUAAUGGACAAAGGUCAUCACAUUAAAUCGCAGGUUAAUGCUGCUUCAGGUGCUAUCUCUCUGAUACAACUCCAAGAAGGAAUGAAGAAGAUGGAGGGGAGUGAAAACAAGGAAGAGCAGCUUAUGAAGAGCUUUGAGGAGAAAAAAGAUGGUGUAAUGGUGAUUGUUUAUUGGAGGGAGAAGAGGAGGGGGAUGGCGAGGUUGCUGACGGCUAUGGUGAGCGGCGGCUAGGGUUUUGAGCACAAGGAUAUGGAGGUGUGAGAGAGAGAGCGAGUAUCGGCCAGGUGUCGACAUAAGAAGGUUUUCCUUCUAAUUCUUGCACAGACACUCACUUAAAGUAAGUUUUAAAAAAAGAGAACAAAAUCAAAGUCCGAAAAAUAAAGGUAAAAUCAUAAUUAAACUUCAAAAUAAAGGUAAGAAUGCAAAUAUUGAGGCCCUUUCUUUUUUAAGGACAGCAUCGUAGCUACUUGGCAAGGUGUAUGUGCUUUCACUCUGAUUUGAUCUCUACGAAGUUUCACACUCUGAGCUUC